AAACUUCACCAACUCAAGAGAGGAAUCUAAGAAAGGAGUAGUUUAAUUUGCCUUUUUUAAGAUAUACUCAACUUGCACCACAUAAACCUCAGCAGCAAAACACUGAACUUGUAAUGUCGGCAACAAAUUAAAGUAGUUUUCCCAUCCCACUUUGUUCAUCAAAACACAGCUUUCAUCUGAAUUAUUUUUCAAGAAAGUGAUCCCUCAACCUAACUCUCUCUCUCUACAUAUAUAUAUAUAUAUAGCAAAUUAUAAACACACACUACCAUGGUUUAUUGAAGGAAUGAUGAUAUCUGGCAUGGCUGCUUCUCUGCUUGGAGUAAGCUUCUGGCUCUACUUAGCAAGCCGAGGCUCAACAGGUGUCGUCUCUCAGAGUGCGAAUGGAACAGUGCAUAUCAAUGGAUCUUCUUCCAUUGCAGAGAUAGACGAAGAUUUCGUCUGUGCUACAAUGGACUGGUGGCCGCCUACAAAAUGCGACUACGGCACUUGCAGCUGGGGAAGUGCUUCACUUCUCAAUCUGGAUUUGAGCAACAAGGUUCUGCUAAACUCAAUGAAAGCCUUUUCUCCUCUGAAAAUCAGACUUGGUGGAACUCUGCAAGACAAACUCAGAUACCAAACAUCAAAUGAUACAACUCCAUGCACUCAAUUCAUCAGGAAUAGCUCUGAGAUGUUUGGAUUCACUCAAGGCUGCUUGCCCUUAUCGCGAUGGGACGAGCUCAACAUCUUCUUCAAAACAGCAGGAGCCAAGGUCAUAUUUGGUCUGAACGCGCUGACUGGUCGAACCAUUGGAGCCGGUGGGGUAUGCACCGGAGCUUGGGAUCCUACCAAUGCAGAGUCUCUAAUGUGGCACACUGUCAACAAUGGCUACACCAUCCAUGGGUGGGAGCUUGGGAAUGAACUGAGUGGCAACGGCGUAGGAGCAAGCGUUGCAGCUGAUCAAUACGCAGCUGAUGUGAUCACACUUGACCGCAAAGUGCAGGAGAUCUAUAAGGGCUUCAACACCAAGCCCUUGGUUCUUGGGCCGGGCGGCUUCUUUGAUAAAACUUGGUUCACAAGAUUCGUCAACGCAGCCUCCGGAUCACUUCAAGUCGUCUCACACCACAUUUACAAUCUUGGGCCAGGAGUGGACGAUCAUUUGAUUGAAAAGAUACUCGACCCAUCGUAUCUUGAUGGCGAAGCGGAGACAUUUAAGGAUCUUGAGAGCAUUGUGAAGAGCUCAGCAAGUAGAGGUGUUGCAUGGGUUGGUGAAGCUGGAGGGGCUUAUAACAGUGGCAGAAAUCUUGUCACAAAUGCAUUUGUGUUUAGUUUCUGGUAUCUGGAUCAGAUGGGGAUGUCUGCUACCUAUGAUACCAAGACAUACUGCAGACAGUCCUUCAUUGGCGGGAACUACGGUCUAAUCGACACCAACACCUAUGUUCCCAACCCCGAUUACUAUAGUGCACUUCUUUGGCAUCGUCUCAUGGGAAGGCGAGUUCUGUCAACAAACUUCAACGGGACGAGCAAGAUCCGCACCUAUGCUCAUUGUUCCAAGAAUAGGAAUGGAAUCAUAUUACUACUGAUCAAUCUGGACAACACUACUACAGUUGAAGUUGGGGUUUCUGUUGAAAAUGGUGGUGUGUCAAACGAGAAGCUGACGCUUGAGCAGCCUGCUCGACUAACACGAAAGGCAGUCAGAUACAGAGAAGAAUACCAUCUAACUGCAAAAGAUGGAGACUUGCAUAGCAGAACAAUGCUUCUAAAUGGGGAAAUACUGCAACUAAAUUCAUCAGGGCAAAUACCUCCAUUAAAUCCUAGAAGAGUAGACUCCUCACUACCUAUAACUGUUGCUCCCUACUCCAUACUAUUUGCUCGGAUACCCAUCAGCCUCCCCGCUUGCAAAUAACCAUAGCCAACAUAUAUAGAUUUCGAAUGUAAUCUGUAUCAAUAAGUAAAUGUAGUUUCCUACAGAGUAAUAAGCAAUAAAAUUGACGGAGAAUCAAAAUUCCAGUUACAGAA